AUGAGUGCGCUGCACAGCCGGCAGGGCUCUUCCCACAUUCCGCUCAGGUGCUCACCCACCCAACCACCUGCAGGCUCCGAUCCGAUUCCGAGCAGCAUGAACCUGUCGGAGGAAUGGCGCUUCCUCUUCCCCGUCUCUUCCGUCUUUGCGCCGCCGUCCCUCGCCGUCGCAAACCGGAACGAGAAUGGGAAUGGGAAUGGGUAUGGACCCCUCCUCUUCUCCCCCCUCCCGCCUCCCGCCACGCUCCACACCAAUAUCCCCUUCCCCGCCUUCCAGUUUCAUCCCCCGCACUCCAAGUCCACCGGCGACGCCCUCCGCUACUUUCUCAGCUCCACCGCCUCCUUCCUCCCCACCCCCGACCUCCACUCCCUCUCCAGCUCCCUCUCCGACUCCACCACCUUCCGCCCGCCGCCGCCGCCUUCCAACCUGCUCGCCACCAUCCUCCUCCGCGCUCCCUCCACCUCUCUCCUCCUCUUCUUCCCUUCCGGCCACAAUGCCGACCAUCUCUCCUACGCUACUCUCCACUCCACUGCCGCCCCCCUCUCGGCCGUGCAGACCCUCACCCACGGCUUCAUGCACCCCGGCCACCGCAUCCACCACCUCGCCGCCACCUCCUCCUGCCCCCCGCCGCAUUCGCACUCACCAGCAGCAGCUACCCCCCUUGUCCACGGAUUCCUUCUCGCUGCCACCACCUACUCGGUCAAUUGGUUCAAGGUUGAGUCUUCUUCUUCUAGUUCUACCUCCCCGCCUGCGCUCGUGCCCGCGGCCAAGCAGGCGUUCGACGCCGCCGUCGUGCACGCGUGCUGGAGCAAGCAUCUGCACUCCGACUGCCUUGUGCUGCUCGACAAUGCCCACCUCUGCUGCUUCGAUCUCCACCAACGCCGUGGAAGCGUCCUUCGCGUUGGCACUGCCACUGCCACCGAGGGUGGUGCCUGCCUAAGCUGCGACUACGGGCCGCAACCGUGGACGGCCGUCGUCGCCACCACCAAGGCCAUCCUACUCCUUGAUCUCAGAUAUGGUCCAGAUCAUCCUGGAAACUGCAAGGUUCUAGCGAGGGUUGGGAUGCAAGGGUUGUUCGACCCUGAUCCUCCUCUCAACAGCGAAUGCCACUAUCUUGCAUUCUGCAAGGCUCCGUUCGACGAUUUUCUCAUGUCGGUGGCGACGGAGCGUCUUCUGUUGGUGCUUGAUAUCAGGCAGCCUCUGACACCCGUGCUGGCAUGGCAGCAUGGCCUCCAUAACCCAAAUCAUAUUGCUAUGUUUCGCCUAUCUCAACUCAGGCCUUCCAAGGAGCAUGAGUGGGCGUCCAGCUCGGGGAUCGCCAUUCUGGCUGGUUCAUUCUGGAGUACUGGGUUUAAUCUCUUCUUCUGUGGCCCCAAGGACCAAUGCUCUUCCUCUUCACAGAAUGCUCAUCACCUGUAUGCUUGGGAUGUUCCAUCUCGGAUUUCUUUGAUAGGCCAGCACUGCAGUUGCAGCAAUGGGCUUAUGAGAGAGGUAUUCACUGAUCAUGAGCCCAUCACUAGGAACACCGUCGUUGGCUACCACGUGCUUCCAAACACAUUGCUGCAGGACGAAUCGUCGUCAUCGUUCACUGGCUUUGCUUUGAUCCGGUUAACGUCGUCGGGGAAGUUGGAGAUGCAAAGAUUCCGUGCAUCUGGAGAUUUUGAUGAACAUGUCAUGUGUGAUGGAUCACAUCAUCAAUCUGCGGCUUGUACUACUUCAUCCAUUAUUUCUCCAGACACUACUGCUCAUGGUGAAAAGUUCUCUUCCAGAUAUAAGUUUUUGAAGUUCCAUUACCUAUCAAAAUACCUGGAGGGCAAUCUGCUCAGCGCGUUGGAGAAUCAUAAUGUUGUUAACAAAGGCUCCCACCAAAUUGUUAUUAGUGAAGAUGUAUCAGCAUUUGCAAAGGAGAACUCUCCGCCGUGUUAUCGGUCAGUUUCAGAUCUCCUAUGCAAUGCUAGUGUGCCCAUGAACAUCUUCGAAACUGGGUGUCAGCACAUACUGAACAAUGGGCUAUCUUCAGAUAGCCUUCUUGUUACAUUCUCCAAAUACAAGGACAUGCUUGCAUGCAGUAAAGGAAAACUGAUAUAUGAAUAUCCAGAAGUUCCUGCACGUUCUCGAAACAAUGAUGAACAUCGGCCUUUCCUGUUGGCAAAACCUUCAGGCACAGGUAACAAGCUCACCAGCGAAGCAAUAUCUGGAGAUGCUCUUGUUGGUCCACUACUCCCAAUCCCUCUUCUGCUUGCAAUUGAAGAUAGAAACAAGGGUACUAUAGAGAGCAGCACUUGUCAGGGAGAAACCAGCUCGGUAAGCCGUCGCUGUAGGGAAGCUCUUGAAGCCUGUGUUCCUAAAACAUCAAAUGCCAAUGCAACCAGGUUUAGUGGAUGGUAUGCUUCGCGAGAGUUGAGAAAGAAGCCAUAUUUUGUUUAUGAGCCUCAGAUUGAUGAUAGACUCACUCUUGAUGAGACUGCUAGAAAGGAGGGUAAAAAGGCGCAUAUGGAUGAAAACUUGACAACAUUUGUUUGUGGAAAAGCUGGAGUUCCUCAUUCUGGACCAAAGCAAGCCGCAUCCAAUUUGUUUGAUAGCAAUUGCAGCCCAGUGAGGAUGGAUUUUGAGCUUCCAUUUGUAGACGUACAGCCUGCUGAGCAAAAGGGACUUUGA